UAUGCUAAACAAGUCAAUCUUAACGGCCCCACAUAAAUGCUUCAUCUGGGAACUCAUAAACUCGAAUAGUUCCCGGACUAGCGCGUGUGCAUUCAUUAUAAGAUCCCCCAUUAAUACUGAGAUAUUUCAUCUGAACCCCAGACAUUCUUCCAGUUCGGAUUUCAAGCGUUUAGGCGAUGAGCGAUGCAUCAUAAAACGUGCCUGCUACUGCAUAAAGAUCCGAAAAUAUUGCAGUUGAAAAUAGAAAAUGUAGUUGAAGUUGGUAUUUCACUUACUUUCAAUUUUCCUCAUAUUUUUCCUUCGAAACGAAACAAGUUGCACAAGAUAUUUAUGCCAGGGUCUGUUGUUGUUAUUUUCAGUUGUUUACCAGACAAGUUUGUUGGUGAAAGUUGUUGUUGUACACGUUAAUGUUGUUGUUGCUGCUGCGUUUGCCAUGCUUCAUUGACAAAAUUGUCCAUAGAUCAAUGAGUCUUGCGGUCAAGUUGGUUGGACUUCUGUUUUCGGCUGUGUGGAUUGUGGUUUGAAAUGAAAAGCGAAGAGAAUAAAGUAAAGAGAGUUUUGAAUAAGAAAAAAUAGAAGACAUAAAAUGUUUAAAAUACUAUGUUUUUUGCAUCGUUUAUUCCGUUUAACAUUAUUUUUGAAGAAUAUUUUCUUGAGCUGUUAAAAAAAUGUUCUCAUUUCUUAGCUGUCGAAUUUCGUAAGCAAAUAAAUUCUAAUUUAUUAUGACAAGCCACUUAAACCCAUUUGACAUUAGCCGAUGUGCAGAAUUGCGUUGUUUUCUCUUCUCUUUGCCAGUCUUCUUAAUUUGUAUAAUUCCCGUUGCUCUGCUUUUCUGAUUCAUACAAUUUAUUAUAAACAAUUUAGCAGAUGAAAAACUCAAACUCAUGACACAUUUCCCGACGCCAAUUCAAGCGAUGGAUUGAAUCAUCUUCUCAGAAGAGAGAGCAAUGAAGAGCGAAGACGGUCUCCGACAAGAUUAUGCAAUUCUUUAGUUACAGCAGAAGAAUUGCAUGCACCAACAGUUUUCCCUCUUCUAAGCGUCUUCUUGCCAUUGCUUUGUUUUAUCUACACGAAGUUCAUCAAUUCAACUAGGAAAUUAACUUAGCCAGAAGCCCAGAAGAAACCAAACUCAGUCGUGUAGAAAGAAAGAGACUUCGGUCGGGAGAAGAGGAGAAGAAUCGGGGAGCACGCCUCUUUGGACUGUCUUCGUCGGUUCUUUUGUUUUGUUUAUCUUUUUGCAAGCGCACAUUUCCUGCAUGAAAUACAGAAAAAUUCUUUAUGGUUUUCCACCGUUCUCCGCCUUUGUUUCCAGUCAAUUUCUUGAUCUGCUUUCCGCAUCCCUCCACUUUGCAUGAGACCCAUCCAAAUCCGAAUCCCGAUCCCAAACAAUUACCUUUCAAUUUGUUAAGAAUUGUGCUAAAGGCCAUCGCGAUACAAAAGAAGAAAUCAUUUGCUAAGCUUCUACUUAUUUUUUUUUACUAUUAUUUUUCUGCAUAACUCAGUUAUCUGCUUGGGGGGACUGAAAAUUCUUUUGUUUGUCUGCUGAACUUUGCUGGCAGUUCAAGAAACUCAUUUUUGGUGAAAAAAGAAAGAUAUUCGUGGGGGACAAUCUUUGAGGGGAGAUCUGCGAAAAAAAUAGGUCUGUUUAUAAUUAUGCAAGGGGAAUUUACUAAUGGGACUGUUAUGGGAAGGAAAUCAAAAAAAGCAAUUAUUAUCGUAAAAGAGUAUAUUUUAAGCUUAAAGGUGAACUAUAAAAUACAAAGGAAACAUAAAACAUAAAAAUCUAUAAAGAAAUAAAUAUUAAACAAAGUGAUAAGUGCAUAAAUAUGAUAAAUAUCAUUUUAAUUGUAAGCCCAAAAAGAUUUCCUUUAUUUUACUUAUGCGUACAAUAUUUAAUUUAGCCAGAGAAAAGCCCAAACAUGCCCAGAAAAGUGCCUUAAAGUGUAUGAAGAGAUGAAAACCUAGCAACACAAAAAUAUCUGAAUUAUGUGCCUACAAACCUAAGACAAAACCGUCUUCCUACUCAAAUAAAAAUAAUCACAAAAUAAAAUACAACAUCAAAGUGUGAGAACAAAUCCAACAGAAAUCGCCCCCAACCAGUGCCACGCCCCAGUAAAACCAUUUAGCCAAAUAAGAUAAAAACUGCCUAAAACAAAAAAACAGUAAAACAAAAAGCAAAUCAUGAGUAGUCAACCUGCCAGCCAGCCCGAUAGCAUCGACUUAGCCUAUGAUAUGUGGGCGGGCCAAUUCGAGUUCGUAGGACCCACAAAUCAGCAGAGCAACAAGAAUAACAACAAUAACAACAGCAAUUUGAACAACAACAAGUGCAGGAUUGGCGCGCAACAAAAUCGGAAACUAUCUACGGAUAGUCUGGAAGAUCUGAAUCUGAGCUUUAACACGAGUGCCUCGCAAAAUCCGCUGAGCAACGCCUACAGUUUGGGAGUCACUGGCGGUGCCGGUGGCGAUUAUUGUGGAUUUGGAAAACACCCGCCUAUACUCAUCGAUCAGGAGACCUUCCUGAGCCUAAACCCAGCGGACUUUGAGGACAUUGUGCCAUCGAAUUCGGAGCCCAAUUCACUCGUUUUUAUUGAAAACAAACUUGAGACGAACAACAACAGCAUCGAAUCGAACAACAAUAAUCAUAUCAAUAAUAAUAAUAAUAAGAUUUACAAUUUGGAGAACUUGACAAGUAAAUUCAACAAUAAAACCAACAACACAAACACAAACGGCUUCAAAUUGGAGAACCUGAAGAAUUUCAAGAACAAACUACUCUGUGAUUUCGAGGACACCAACGGCGGAGGAGGAGGAGGUGGUGGAGGAGGUGGCAGUGGAGGAUCAGGACCUGUUGGCAUGAUGAACGGGGCCCUCAGUGCCGAGAUCUGCGAUAAUCUCAACGAGCAACUGGAGCUACUGCAGCGCAAGGUGGACGAUCUGUCGGAUACACAGAACAUAGCUGAAGAUCGGACGACCCGCACCAAAACCGAAUAUGCGGUGCUCCAGGCGCGAUAUCACAUGCUCGAGGAGCAGUACCGAGAGUCGGAGCUGCGUGCCGAGGAGCGGCUGGCCGAAGAGCAGAAGCGCCACCGGGAGAUCCUGGCCCGCGUGGAGCGCGAAGCCUCGCUGCAGAACGAGAACUGCCAGAUGAAGAUCCGGGCCACCGAGAUCGAGGCUUCCGCUCUGCGGGAAGAGGCCGCCCGACUGCGCGUUUUAUGCGAUAAGCAGGCCAACGACCUGCACCGCACCGAGGAGCAGCUGGAACUGGCCCGCGACCAGAUCGGCGUCCUGCAGCAGGAGCACGAGGAGCAGGCCCAGGCUCUGCGACGGCACGAACAGGAGAAGAAGUCCGCCGAGGAUCUGAUGGUGGAGUUGAGCCGCGAACUUCAGCGCGCCCGCGAGGAGAGCGGCGCCCGGGCGAUGCCAACCACGUCGCCGGAGAGCAUAAGACUAGAGGAGCUGCACCAGGAGCUCGAGGAGAUGCGCCAGAAGAAUCGAACACUCGAAGAGCAGAACGAGGAGCUGCAGGCCACGAUGCUGACCAACCAGGCCACCAUGCUGACGAAUGGCGUGGAGCAGGGUCGCCAUCUGCUGAACGGAACGCUCAACAGUUUGGCCCAGGAACUGGAGGAGAUGUCACAAGCCCAGGAUUCUGUGGAUUCAGCCACAUUAGCAUCCUUAAGUCAGCUGCAACAGGCCUUCCAGGAAAAGGAGGAUGAAAAUGUGCGACUCAAACACUACAUUGACACCAUCCUACUCAACAUCGUGGAGAACUAUCCUCAAUUGCUGGAGGUCAAGCCCAUGGAGCGGAAGUAGAGCAGCCAAACGGAAGAACAAACCAAUCCCCAGGCACUCUAUAGAGAGCCACAACCACCUAACAUUAACUGAAAAGAAUAAACUAACUAAAUCAUACUCUAUGUUAACUUUUUAAGCUACACUCUAUACAUGUAUUUAUGCCUAACGUAAGUCGUAAUUUAUUUUAUAAAAAUUUAUUGUAGUUUUUUAAACCAAAACAACACAGAAAGAGAACACAAAGAUUGUAUGUCAAAAUGGUGAAAAAGUCCUUAAUUCGAUUAGAGAAUGUUUUGUAAAAAAGAAAGCCCGAAAUUGUGUAAAAAUUUAUUUUCGUUCGUUCUAGUUUUGAGUUUUGUAUAGUGAGUGUUGUUGAUCCCUAAAGAUAUUACUUAUAAAUAUUGUUAGAUGUUAAGUCUUAAAAGAGUUUAACCUUCACUUUAAUGGAAACUCUGAUUGCGAAUUUGUACAGCACGAAAUGAGGAACUUUAAAGGAGCGUUGAUGUUUUCCAAUUUUGUUAAGGCAGCUAAGAAGGCUUUUGCUAUAAUGAAUUCUUCACUUUAAAGUUUUCAUAUUUUUUCCACACCAAUAUAUUUUUACUACUUCUCAACUUUCUGUACUCUUUAUACUUCAAUUUGUACUCGCAAAAGGAUCUUCCUUAGUUUGCCCCCAAAGUAGUUAAAAAAAAUCUAUCAAAAAAUUUGCGUUUAUGGUAUGGACAAUCCCAAGGUACGAAGACGGUGUUUAUAUUUAAUUUGGAUCGAAAAAGAAAGCAAUUAUCACUAGUAAAAUGUAUACAAUUGCAAACUUAUAUCGUAACCCACAAACAUAUGUCAAUGUAUAGCACAGUUGCAACUAAACUUACUCUGCAUAUAUAACCGAACAUGAAAUGGACGUAACGUGCAAACAUUUAGGGAUAGCACAUGCAAAGGUCUCACCUAAGAACUCCAAACGAAGGUGAUCCCUAAUAGUCUAAGCAACAGAAGAACUCAAGCGGUCAACCCUAUAAAUAGAUAUUAUGAUAUCCAAGAAAACUGAAAACUCGAUAUAAAAUCGUUCAUCAAAAUUUGAUUGCCUUAAACGGAAAUUUUUAAUGUGUAUUAAGGCUUAGAUAACUCUAACAAAAAAGUCCAUAACGUUUAAUGACAUGCUGAGUAAAAUGGAGUUUUAAAUGUAAUUUACCAGAUGCAAGUCUCAGUACUUUUAUCAAAAUAAAAUGAUAAUAUUUUAUAAACUCAAA